AUGCCCACGUUUCAUCGAGCCGUCGCGGUCAUCUCGCGACAGGCACUCUCGAAAGGUGCGCAGCGUAGGGAUGCUAUACCACGCUCGAUCAGUACAACAGCACUGAGGUCCGCCAUUGCUCACCCCAUUACCACUCAUGGCCCGCCGCCGAACGCCCCUUUACCUGCGUCUGCUCAUGCAGACAUGCGACAGGGGGAUGCGGGAUCGUAUCAGAAGAGCGAGACAGGUCCGCAGCCAGGGAAGACAACCACUGUGCUCAAGAAGCGUUUCUGGAAAAAUGUUGAUGUAAAGCGGAAGCCAGAAGGAGAUUAUCAAGUUUUGCUAGACACGCGCCCUAUUCGGACGCCUUCCAAAGACAUCCUCUACAUACCAUCAACCAAGCCUUACCUUGCCCAUGCAAUUGCGCUGGAGUGGGAUGUCAUGACCACCGCCCAGCAAGCGCUAAAGAAUCACCUCAUCCCCCUAACCUCUCUCGCCGCGCGUGCGGCAGAUAUUGCUAGAGAGGAUGCUCGAGGCGAGACCACCACGAGGGAUCAGAUAGUGAAAACUGCGAUGCGUUAUUUGGAUACGGACACCUUGCUUUGCUGGGUGCCGGAGCAAAAUUCCUACGCUACUGGUGAGGUCGCUGGCGAUGACGAUGGCAAGAGACCGGAAAGCCUUCGAGAAGCCCAGAUUAGGGUUGCUCAAGAUACGAUUGCCUUCCUGAGCACCAAAGUUUGGCCUGGCGUGGACAUAAAACCCAUCCUUGACAGCGAUAGCAUAUUGCCAGUCUCCCAGCCCCAGGCUACGAAAGACAUUAUUGAACAGUGGAUAUCGAGUUUACAGGCCUACGAUUUGGCCGGACUGGAGAGAGGAAUACUGGCCGCCAAGAGCUUGUUGAUCGCUGUCCGAUUGGUCUCUGAAUGGAGCGAGAGCUUCCGUCAUGUGCAACGACCAGGGCACAGGAGAUUCGGCAUAGCGGAGGCUGCAGAAGCAUCCAGUCUGGAAGUCAAAUGGCAGACCGAUAUGUGGGGCGAGGUUGAGGACACCCACGAUGUCGACAAGGAGGAUCUGAAGCGACAACUGGGCAGCGUCAUUGUGGUGGUGAGUGGAGAAACAAGCUGA